CAUGUCUAACAUUAGACACCAAUACAUGACUCCAACGCCUUUAAAGCGCAACGUUUUUAUUGAACACAACUAUUUUGAACAAACAAUUUGACGGACUUUUGACGAAACAAUGACCGAAAAUCUGGACAAACAAUGCAACGAAUAUUAUGCGGAAAAAAUUAUCGACAAACAGGUUAUCAAUGGCCGACCAAUUUAUUUGGUCAAAUGGUGUGACUUUUCUGACGACUACAACACAUGGGAACCGAUUGAAAAUCUUAAAGACGAAUGCUAUCAUUUGAUUAAUCAUUUCAAUAAUAAAAGUGAUAACAAUAGCCAAGACAUCGCCGAAACAUUAAAAGUUCAAAACCUAACUAUUAAUGACAAAAGAGAUGACAGCGGAUUCGUUUCGGAUGUCAACUCUUCGGCAACUAUUAGGCCGUCUGUCAAUACAAGACCUGUUAUUCGACGCGAAUGGCCGUCACAGUGGACUAUCAAAAGGAUCCGACGGGCGGCCAAAGGCAAGAACAACAACAAGAUAUACCAUUUUGUUGAGUGGAUGGAAACCCGUGAAGUUUCGGUGAUGUCCUCUGAGCUGACCAAUCAUCACUGUCCACAACAAGUGAUCCAAUUCUAUGAAAUACGGUCUGUUUGGAAGUGUUGAUGUCUUCAUUUGUUACCAUUUUAAAAAAAAAAUUUAACAACCAAUUCAUUGUAAUUGUUUUUUUAAAAUCAUUAUUUAAC